AUGACUAUCCGAGACGUGCACUUUGCUAUCUUCAUGGAAUUUGACUACAGCGUGGGCUACAAAAAUCAUAGCAUUGUGGAUAGUCUUCCCCUCGUCAACGCUAACCUCAUCAAACGCCCAACCCAGCCCAUUCAACCCAUCCUAUCAGGCAAUACCGUCGUAUGCUUGCACAAUCCUUGUGUUAUAAGCCUGAAUAAUGAUGUGCAUAACCGAGUGUUAUAUCACGUUCCGGGCACCUUUCCUUCCACUUUGGGCUCCCCUUGGGCACGAUAUCCAAAUGCUGGCUUGGCAGAUCGUUCGGCAUGGAUCGGCGGAUUGAACCAUUGCCACAGCACCUCUCUUUCGUUACUGGAGUCGCCACUCUCGCACUCCCCUGGCCACGCCCGCAUUCCUCUAUGCUCACAUUUCUCUACACUCGCAUUCCCUUCGCCACAUUCGCGUUCCUCUACGCUCGCAUUCCCCUUGCCACAUUCACAGCUCACAUUUCCCUACGCUCGCAUUUCCCUACACUCGCAUUCCCCUACGCUCGCAUUCCUCUACGCUCGCAUUCCCCUAUUUCCUACGUUCGCAUUCCCUGACAUCUGUUCCACGUCCCAUGACCCAUCAAACCCUUCAACGGUCAUCGAUCAACAUUCAUCCAAAGUCCCUCAACCAUCAUACGAUGUACUUGAACAUUCAUGCUAUGUCUUUCAACAUUCACGCGAUGUCUUUCGCAUUCCUCUACGCUCGCAUUCCUCUACACUCGCAUUCCCCUCGCCCCAUUCGCAUUCCUCUACGCUCACAUUCCCCUUGCCACAUUCACAAUCCCCUACGCUCGCAUUCCCCUGUGCUUGCAUUCCCUGGCAUCUGUUCCAGUCCAAUGCCCCAUCAAACCCUUCAACGGUCAUCGAUCAACAUUCAUCCAAAGUCCCUCAACAUUCAUACGAUGUACUUUCAACAUUCACGUGA